AGAUACUUUGCUACAGACAGAUGAUACAACCUUUAUUAGUUCUGCCUCAGAUGCUUGCUUAAAACUUGUUCAAAGUUGUGAUUCUGAAGACAUCAUUGACUUCAUACUCCAAGAUAUUGAGAACAAGAUGGAAAUGAUAAAUAGUCACAAGGAAUUGUUGCCUUUAUAUCUUCUGUUGGGAAGACUAAUUCAAAAGUUCUCUGAGCUGUCAGACAAGUUCUUACAACAUUAUGAACAGUUAAUUACAAAGCUGUGUACAGGACUUUGUUGUCCUGAAGAAGAUGUGCAGUCUGCAAUUUUGUUCAUAAUGGUUUACAUCUUUGAAGGUCGUUGGGAAGACUUUUUAUCUCCUAGGCAACUAACACAACUGUGUGAAGAUCUUGUGUGCAUGCUUAACUCUGCCAAAACACAGAUAUUAAUGAUGAAUUCUUUGGGUUUGCUUGCAAAAUUACUGAUGAGUGAGAGAUGGACAAACUUUAUAAUGACCUUGACUGUCGAUGGAACAACACUUCUGGCAGUACUGAAGAAGAUGGUAGCUUGUACUAUUGAAGUAGUACAACAACUGGCUAUACAGAUAUUGUCAUGCAUAAUACAAAAAGAUAGUCAACAAGCUUACUCCUGCCAUAUUCUUCAGACAGAUCUUCUAGACAUAUUUUAGCAUGUUUACAGCCACUAAGUCACAUGGAGCAGUUCUAUUCUAGAAAUCAUUCAGUAUAUGGUAUAGAAGUUCUGUUAAAGACACUACAUACCUUGAAGACCAUGAACCAUUAUGUUCUCACAAAGAAAAUUAUUGAAAUCAUUGGCAUUAUAUUUGACAGACAGCCAUCUAAGUCACCAUUGUUUGUAAACAGUACCACUCUGAAAUUGUGUCUAGAUAUCAUUAUAAGUAUUGUUGAACAUAGUCAUCCAGGUGUCUUUGCUGCAGCCUUGAAAAUGACAAAAACCUUCUUGAGAAAAGAACACAUGUUGAGACCUGUUCCAGUUUCAAAUUUGAAGACAAUUCUUCAGAAGAUGACAGGAAAAGUUCAGAUAUUUGUAUGUGAAACAGAAUUAUUUGAGAAACAGAAAUCUAAAACCGAAGUCAGUGAUGUAAGCAGUAUGUAUUGUGAAGCUAUGUUGGCAGCAAGCAGAUUAGUUGUGAAUUGUAAGAAAGAUCCAUCAACAUGUAUGUCUGCUUUCCUGGCUCCUGAUGCUGUGGACAAUAAUGGAUCUACCAUAGAAAGUCUGGGAGAACAAGUAGUCACAAUACUAUCACAGAAUACUAUCUGUUUAGCUGUGAGUCUGCUUGAUGAUAAAGACAGCCCAGACCAUUGCUGUUUACUUUUCCAGUUACUAAGCAGUUUGCAAAAUUUAAAUCAAGAAGAGCACAAAAAUAUUAUAUCACAGUUAACUUGUGGAGGAUUGUUGUCUAAAGCUGUUAAUAUACGAUGUUCUCUAAGGGAUUCCUAUACAAUACUACAGCAUGUAGACCCCUGCUUAUUAACUUGGUGUCUGUUGUUGUAUCAGGAAGAAAAUAAAGAUGAUACUUGUCCUGGAGAAUUAGAAAUAAGCAUAGAUAACAUAUUUGUGAGACUUGAUGAAGUGGCCAACUACCUAACUCAUUCAUGUAUGAGUAAAGACACUGUUUUUCUUUACAGUUUUCUACUCUAUCACUGCUACAAAAAUGAUGAUAUGUAA